AGCCCUUUCCGCUUCAGCACAGAACCGGAAGGGGCGGGCCGUUGUGCGACGCGUUCUUUUGCAUCGGAGAUGUUGGGAGCUGAGUAGGAAGCCACGUCAGAAUCGCAGCACUUGCUCGCUGGGGGUGGGGAUACGGUGACGACUCUUUACCUUCAGGUGGGGUGGAGAGUUUCUUCAUUAUAGGUCGCCGAUGCGGCCCUUCUAGGCCCUUCACGGGUCACAAGAGCUGCCCUGCCUUGUGUUGUCUUAAGCGGCCGACUGAGCAACUGUGAUGGUACACUGUUUUGGUGAUCAGCGUGAAUCAUCAGCAUCUACUCUUGUUGAAGAUAUUUUCUUCAGACAGUAUUCCUUCUUUCAUCUGGUUGCUUGGAGUUUCUGUGAUGCUUUCUUAAAAGCUCAGUGUUAAAAGCACAGACAAAAUGUCCUGGGUACGGUCAGCAGUGAGCCAGGCCAAUGAUGAUGUGUUUGAUGAGGAUGCAGAUGAGAUGGGCAUAGCACAGAAAGAAUGGAAAAGCACCAUGGAGAAACGGGUUAAAGAAGGCUAUCGGGAAGGAGUUGAGGCUGGGAAAGAACUGACACUUCAGCAGGGUUUUAAUCAGGGGUAUGAAGAAGCAGCAAAGAUCAUGUUCACUUGUGGUCAGCUCAAAGGUAAUGUAAGUGCUCUUUUGUCUUGGUGUCACAACAACCAACGUGAUUCUGCAAUGCUGAAGAGAGUUACUGAUUUGCUGAAUGAAAUAAACAAAUAUGAAGAGGAUACAAUUAAGGAUCUUAACUGUACGCACUCACAACCCUGUCUUACGGACUUACUGGAUACAGUUGAGGACAUGGACCUUGGUCAUCCACAUUCUCCAGAGGAGCAGCCUAAUAGAGCUCAAGAUCAACAAACUGGUGAAAAUGGUACCCCGUUUUGUGGACACUAUUGCACAAAUAGUGGGACUGCUUCUUUCCAAAGUGAAUGUUGUAGAAGAUCGAAAGGACACACAACUUCUGGGAAGCCAGGCCUUUCUUGGCUGAAAGAAAGAACUGUCCGUUUAAUGGAACAAUUAGGCUUGCCUCCAAGCCCACCUGAACACAUCUAGGAAUUGCAAAGUUAAUUUAUUGCAGAAAAUAGGAAUCAUUUAUGGAGAAUAAAGUGCAAUCUUUUACAGAA